AUUGAGGCGCUUUACGACCUCGCCAGCGGCAUAAUGUCUUCCUCUUCCGCAGAUCUCCUACAAUUGAACAAAGAUCUGGCGGUUUUGCUGUCUGCCGCUUCAUGGAGUGGAAGUCAGACACCGCAUCUACCGUUAUCUGUGCCCCUGACGGCGCCAAGGGAGGGGCCCAUGAGCAAGCUGAAGCGACGGCAGCAGCAAAAGUGACGGCUGAAUCGUCCAGCCGCAGCGACGUGAAUGGUGCCGUCGAUUUAUGACGCCGACAGGUCUACGCCUGGUGAGGACGGCUCUCGGGCGGCGCCAGCAAUGCAAGCGUCCUUGGCGAUUCCUGGUCCGCCUUUAAACGCCGCACCAGCCAUGAGGACGAGUCAGCACAACAAUCCGUCUCUUCAUUCCACUGACGUGCCCCUCCCAUACUUAGACGGCACCGCAGCACAGCAGCGAGAAACGGGCUCUCGACCGUUUCCUGAUGCGGCGUCGGCAAGCCAGUCGCGGCAGAAUGGUGCGACAGCGGCUGUCCGAGACGAUGAGGGCCAGUCAGCCUUUCCUCUGACGAUAGGCGAGCAGACGCACCCACCCCCCCUUCCAGACCUCGUCCCCCCCUUACCACCGCCACCCGCACACCGGCCGGCAGCACCACUACAGGACAUCACCACCUCAGCAGGACAUCACACACCGCCCCGUGGUCGCAAGAGGAAGCACGAGGGCGGCUCAUCAGCCCGACAGGGCACUCCAGCACUUGCCCACCACAGGGAGGGGACCUCAGGCACCUCGGUGGGCCGACCCAGACCGAUCCACCUGCUGAAGGUGCUGGACAAGAUGCGGACGCCCGACGACCGCGAUUUUCUGCCCGAAUACGAGGGUUUUGCGUUCAGAGUGGCCGACGAGGGGGACGGAAAACGCUUUAUGGUGACGGCCUGGCGAGGGGAGGGGGGAGGGACCGACCGGCCGCCGGUGUGGGUGCAGGCGGUUGUCACUCGUGACCACAUAGGGAGGGGGUGGGACAUGAGCAUGCUGAGCGACCUGCUGGUGGCCGUCCACAACGGCACGGCAGACAGUGACGAGCGCUUUGAGAGUGUGUCUGACGCAAUCGAUGGCCUCGAGCGGACCGUCACACAGUGGAAAUCUGCUGCAGGUAAGGAUGGAGAGGGGGAACAAGGGAGGCUGGGGGACUUACGUGUAUCGUUGGGGGGGGGGUCUUUUCAUGUGUGCAGGACUGAGUAGUGUCCCUCCCCGUGUCAAUGAUUCACCGCCCGUCGGUGCCCCCGGUCCCUCGUCCGUGACCCUCGCUGCUGCUGCUGGUGCUGCUGCUGGUGGUGGUGGUGGCUCAGCUGACCCACCUCACAAUGAGCCUCCCGAUGACAAAGGUAGACAGCCACACCAUUCCUACCGUCGAGCACCCAUCCAUUGUGGGCGCCUGUGUUGUUUUCGCUUAGGUUUGUGGGCCAAGAAGGCCAAGAAGGAGCCGCGGAAGCGCAAGGGCGGCAAGACAGCCGAGGUCGGCAAGGGCAGGACCGUUAUCCGCAAACGUGGAGAGCACCGGUCCGACGUGCCGGGGGUUUACUGGUCUGAGCAGUACCAGUAUUGGGCGGCAUCUUGGUACGACAAGGGUGACGGCAAGCAGAAGCACAAGUUCUUCUACAUGAAACAUCACGGAUUCGACAAAGCAAAGGUGGGAAUAAGCCGAGGGGCGCCGUCCACCUUGUUUUUUCUCUCCCUUGGCUUCAGGCGUUGGCCGAGCAGCAUCGUCGUGAGAUGGAGCACACAGGGCAGGCAGCGGUCAGGGGGCGAUUGGAACAUCAGAGCGGCGUCAAGGGUGUCCACUACCACGAGGUAAACAACUCAUGGAAGGCCAGCUGGCAGGUGGGGGGCAGGAGGAAGACCAAGUCCUUCUCCGUCAAGGAGCUUGGCUUCGAGGAGGCCAAAGACGCCGCCAUUGCACACAGACAGAAGAUGGAGCGAGUGCACACGUCAAAGGGCGGGGCGGAGAGGCAUGGCGACCCGGCUGACUGGAGAAGUGCCGACGAUGGCGACGAUUCUCUGCCCGGCAGGCAGCGACGGGCCCCUCAGCUGCGUGACGGUGGUGUGGGGGGCGGUGUGCCUCUGCACCCUACGGCUCGCCGUGACACCAACCGACCGCGGCCCCGCAGAGGCGGCCGAUUCGACCGCAAUCCCUCGCCGGACAUCGAGGCCCCCAGUUGGCUGCGGGAGGGCCCGGCUACGCCGCCGACGGGCCACACGGCCAGUCGCGGCCCUCGUGUGUCGCCGGUGCAGAGGGGGCAUCUGAUUCUCCACUUCUACCAGCAGCUGGAGGCACUCGGCCGAGCCCAUCCCGACACGCCUCUGUGCCUGCGGUUCAGGAGUGGGUCUGCCCUGCCACAGCUGGCCAUCGAGGUGGUCCUGCCCGGCACCCCUGUGCAGUCGGUGCCCCUCUCAGCGGCCACCAGGGAGGCCAUGGGGGCGGCCAUCGAUGCCGCAUGGGCAUGCCGCCAGCAGGAGAUGGACAUGGACGGCACUGAGGACCAGCAGCCCAUGACACACGCCCAGCGGAUGGUCCUGUGCCGUGUGUUUGGUCAAGUGGGUCACAACAUUGGGGCGAUGCUGGCGGCCGUCCCAGCUCUGAGUUUUGCGUCCGUCGACUCGUUUGUGCGCCGUGAGCUGCCGGCCAUGGUGGGGCGGCGUGACGGCGAGGACAUCAAGGAGGCCGCCAGUCGAUUCAUCAAACAGCUUCAGAAGACCCAUCGGCAGCAUACCAGGCUGGGCUACGAGGCUGCUAUGGAUGCCGCCAACAGGCACAAACGGGCCUUGAUGGAGCAGCGACACUCCACGUUCGAGAGAGGGGCGCCUCCGUCGAGCGGCAGCGACAGCAGUGGCUCACGUGAGAGCCGCAAUGGCAGCCAGCGAAACAAGCAGCGGCGGAUGGACGAGGAGGAUGGCGGCCUCUCGCCUGCGCCUGACCGUUACGAUCUGGGCGGGCUGACGGGCGACGCGUUAUGUCGUGGCCUGAUGCGGCGGUUGCGUCAGAAGCAGCCAAAUGUCCACUCCCUCUGCCUCAACAACGGAGGGUAAGCGAGGGAGGACGACUCUCAGCGACAAUGAACGGCCGGAUGUCAUGAGGGACUCGUCUCUGGAUAUGUGUGGCGUGUGUCAGUGUCGGCGUCACGUGGCGGGCGAGCUACGUCUUCGAGGCCUACUUCUGGGACAGCCAGGCUGCAGCCGCUGUGGAUCUUCGUCAGUUCGGUGUUGGUGAGGACGUCACCUCCCGUGAGGCCAUCUUCACGGCCUUCCGCCAAGCCGUCGAGUAUCGCAACGCCCUGCAUAGCUCGCGUCUGGGCGACCAGGCGGUGCUCAUCGACCUCUCGUGGCUCGCCCUGGUCGCUAGACGACAGGGCGUGAGCCGCUCACCUGUCGAGCGACACGGCGGGGGAGCGAGUCAUGGGUCCAUGCCGCCACCGCUACUGCUUGACGACCGCGACAUCCUUCCACUCGAGGAGCGUGGCCUCAUGCCGCCCCGCAUUGAGCCCACGGGCCGCAGAGGCAGGCCAUUACAUGGUCGUGAUGGCCGGGGGGUGGGCGACUUGGCUGGUUUUGAAGGCGAGGAGGCCAGUCAUCGGCCAGGGACCAAGCGCCGUCGCGAUAUGUCGGGAGGCAAGGGAAGGCAGUUUAUGUCGCCCAGGCUGGGUGAGGCGGACGGCCAUGCUCUGGCAGCCAGCCUGGUGGAGCAGACAAGACGGCAGCUGGCAGACGUAAACCAAGACGAUGCCGACAGGUGGGCAGAACGAUGGAGUCUCAUGGAAUGGGCCACGCAUUUUCCUCUUCCUUGGUGUGUGCUUCACUCAGUUUCGGUCUCGAAUGGCGCGGCGAGGAGGGUAGCUUUGUGGCUUACCGACCAGACGGCGGAGAGGGGCCCGAGCAGCGUGUCUUCAGUGUGUCUGACGUGACCUCACCCCGGCUCAUCCUGCGUGCCUUCGCCCAAGCGGCGCACCACCUCAACGCCACGGCUGGCAACGGUGCAAUCGUGGUCGACGUGUGGCGCAUCAAUCUGCAGCCACAGCCGACGGACAAGCAUGCUGUCGACAAAGGCACGAGUAGUGGUAUGGCUUCCAUGGGUCCGACGCAUCAUGACGGUGGCGAGGCAGAUGUGUGUGAUGUUGGUGGCGAUGACGACAUGGAUUGGGCUGAUGACGUGUCGUCGCCCGACGAACAGCCGAGGCGCAGGGCCACCCCGGGCAAGGCGAAGACCUUCGUUCAGAGGGCCCAGCAUCACUCAGACGUGACAGGCGUCUACUGGUCUGAGAAGUACCAGUCUUGGGUGGCAACUUGGUACGACAAGGGCGACGGCAAGCAGAGGGAGAAGCACUUCUACGUCAAAUAUCACGGAUUCGACGAAGCCAAGGUACCGGCAUCGCAUCGCAGCACCGCACCUCCAUCUCACUCUCUGUUUCCCCAAACGUAUGGAUCAGGAGCUGGCUGAGCACCAUCGUCUCGAGAUGGAGCGCAGCGGCCAGGCAGUAGUCAGGAGGAGAGCCAAGCAUCAGAGCGGCAUCAAGGGCGUCACCUUCGACGAGAGAUACAAGCGCUGGAAGGCCAGCUGGCGGGUGGGGGGCAAAGCGAAGAGCAAGUACUUCUCCGUCGCUGAGCUUGGCUUCGAGGGUGCCAAGCAGGCAGCGAUAGCACACAGCCGUGCUAUGGAGGAGAGGCACUACCCUCGUCCGGGCAGCGGCAGCCAGCCCGUCCACCAGCCUUCUCCUCACCACUCUGCCGCCGGCCACGGUCGAGCGGAGGCUUCCCACUCUGCCGCCGGCCACGGUCGAGCGGAGGCUUCCCGCCCUCAGCCGUCGCCCCCCGCUGCACAGGAGAAUGACAUCGAUAUGCGGGGCGGCAGCAUGGCGUCAUCUCGGCACUUGGGUCAAAGGUCUGAUGUCCAACCGAGCUCUUCACCCCAUCGGCGCGUUCCCCCGACCCUCUCUCCAGUCGGACGUCGCGGCCCCAAGCCACGGUCAAGUGAGGCCAGCCGCGGUGCCGACAUGGCUUCACCGUCUGAGUCGGAGUGGCAGGGCUAUGUAACAUCAUCACUGUCGUCUGGUGGUGAGGGGCGUGACAGCGACUACCGCGAUAGCAGCAGCUCGAGCCCGCCGCGCCGCCUUCUCCCCAAGUCCACCAGUCGUCACAGCGGCAGGCGAGGGCGCAGGAGGGUGAACACCGACGACAUUGAGGAAGCGGGGAGUGCUUCGGAUGAUUCGGUGCGGUGCUGGGAGUGCGGCAAGGGCGACGAUGAGCAGCUUCUGCUAUUGUGUGACAACGGGGGCUGCUCUGCGGCGUACCACACCUACUGCGUCCAGCUGACGGCCGUCCCCAAGGGCAAGUGGUUCUGCCCCGAAUGCACGCACAGCAAAAGGACCGGCACUCGUGGCAACCGGGCGCUCGAGCGACGGCAAGAGGGCGGCCACUGCGACGAGUCUGUCAAUCGCAGUCCGUCUCUGAAGCACCGCCGCAGAGACCCAUCCGCCAGCAGCAGCCCAUCUACCGUCGAGAGGCGACAGAGACGAAAGGCCGGCAAUGCAGCCGAGGCCACCAAGGGCAAGACGGCCGCCAUCCGCAAAGGUGCCGAGCAUCAGUCAACGGUCGUGGGCGUCUCCUGGGAUGCGAGGGCCCGGGCGUGGAGGUCGACAUGGUAUGCGAAGGAUGACACCACGCAGAAGAAAAAGCUCUUCACAGUCCGAGAGCACGGCUUCGACAAAGCAAAGGUGCGCGAGACCUACACGGCCUUAAGCAAAGGUGCUUAUGGACCAUUCGCUUCCCUUCUCUCUCCCUUGCCUUCAGGCGUUGGCCGAGCAGCAUCGUCGUGA